GGAUCUCCUCCUGAGUAAUAAGAGUAGGGAUAGGUUAUAAGCACGCUUUAGUUAUAUCUUUAAAGUCGGCUUACAAAGGUAUGUGCCGGGUCAGUAGUGUGUGCAUUGCAAGCAAGAUCAGUAAUUUGUUGUAUAACUAACUCACUUUAUACAGUAUGGAAACGCCAAGCAAUGCAAGUGCCCCUUCAAACAACGUCAAGCAGCCAUGGUACGGCUCAAACCCUGGCUACCAAUCGGACACAAAAGAUAAAAGCAAUGAAAAUGUAUUUAUGACUUUUCAGUCUAAAGACCCAAUCAUUUCCAUCCCCUUGCAAGAAAAGCACCCCAAAGACAAAGUCCCGGGAAGCGGGGGUGGUCAUGGACAUGGCAUUUCCGUAGAACAUCCUACGUCAUAUGGAGAGACCUUGAUGCACCUUUUCAAAGGGAAUGUUGGAUCGGGGAUUUUUGCCAUGGGAGAUGCCAUCCGGAACGCUGGAAUUAUCGUUGGACCCGGAAUUGUCCUGCUGUUAGGGGUCAUUUGUGUUCAUUGCCAACACUUAUUGUUAUCAGCGGCCCUAAAAAUGAAAUCGAUGAAAGAAGUCUCCGUCCCUCCGGACUUUGCCGAAACAGUGGAGCUCUGCUUCGCCACCGGCCCUCCAGCCAUAAAAAAAAUUUCUAAAAUUAUGAAAAUUGUUGUAAAUACUUUUUUGUGUAUAACCCAGUUGGGGUUUUGCUGUGUCUACUUUGUUUUUAUUUCGGAAAACGUCAAGAAGGUUUUGGAUUAUUAUGGCUAUGAGCUGGACGUCCAUUUUCACAUGGCAAUAAUCCUUCUGCCGAUCCUUUGUACGUCUCUAGUUCGUAAUUUAAAAUAUCUCGCACCGUUUUCCACGGUUGCGAAUAUUUUCAUGUUGAUGGGCCUUAUCAUCACAGUUUAUUACACGACACAAGACCUUCCGUCCUUUUCGGAACGAAAUUACUACGCGGAACCGUCACAACUGCCGCUUUUCUUUGGAACAGCAGUGUUUGCCUUCGAAGGAAUCGGACUUGUCUUGCCGUUGCAAAACGAGAUGAGAAAACCGUCAGAUUUUAAAAAACCUUUUGGAGUUUUAAAUGUUGGGAUGUGUGUUGUCACCGUUCUUUACAUUCUAAUAGGAACCCUCUCGUACCUGAAAUACGGCGAAGAUAUAGAGGGUAGUGUUACUCUUAAUUUGCCAAAGGGUGAUAUCUUGGCCCAGUCUGUGAAAAUAAUCAUCUCGCUGGGAAUCCUCCUGACUUACGCUCUCCAGUUUUACAUCGCUGUUGAGAUCAUGUUUCCAACUCUUGAAAGAAUGUUGGGACCUUUCAAGUAUCCAGUUUUCGCCGAAUUAUCCUUUAGAUCUGUGUUAGUUUUAAUAACAUUUAUUCUGGCUGAAGCUAUUCCAUUUUUGAAUCAUUUUAUUUCGCUGGUUGGAGCUGUUAGUAGUGCGACAUUAGCAUUGAUCUUUCCGCCAAUUCUGGAUCUUGUUACAAGCUACAGUUUCGGUGAUUUGAAGUGCACAACAGUUGUGAAAAAUGUGAUAAUUUUAAUAGUUGGAGUCGUCGGAUGCAUCACAGGAACUUAUGAGAGUAUAAAUUCGAUUGUUGACGCUUUCAACAACAGUAGCAAACAAGAACACUGAUUUUUAUUCAAGACUGUUAGUCAAUAAGUGACGUUCUAUCGGGAUAGUGGUUGUAUUUUAAUUAUUAAUUUAUUAUGUACAUGUGUAUCAUAGUUCAGAUAAGCAUUUUACCAUAAGUGAUUCUAUGCGUUUUGUAAUAUUUGAUUAGUGAUAAAUAUUUUUAUGAA